GCCCGUUAUCCGUUUUUUUCUCUGAACCGAGGAAGUCAGGAACGAAACAGUUCUCUUCAUAUAUCCGCGCCAAAAGAAAAAAGUCAAUCUUCUUCCUAUCCGCCCCAAAAUCCAAAUGAUCUGUCAUACUUCUUCUUCGAUUCACAUCAAACCAUACUACUGCUCAUCUCCCACUCCCCAAUUCCGGCCGCGUCGAGCUUCAAGUUUCGCUAUUAAAUCUCCACCCAACUCAUUACGUUUCUCUACCCACCAUCAAUCGAAUGGCCGCGGGAACAUCGCCGAAAACGGUACGGGGUUCCUUCUGCGUUCCGUCGGUGAUUGUGUGUCUUCUUCUGCUUCUCAUGACGAGGGCGGGCUUGAUGCGGAGCUGGACCGCCUUCUAGCGCUGUUGCCUGAACAGAUGAGAGCGCGAGUUGUCGAGCACCCUGAGUUCCAUGGCUUAGUUGAGGUGGUGUUGGAUUUGGGUCGGCCGCCGAUCGCUAGGUUUCCGUCUGGGGACUUCGUUUUGUCUGAUUCUCCGAUUACGCUUCAGGAUCUCGAGUAUGCUGCAUCGCAGGUUGGUGACUUCGCCAUUGACAAUCGAGCAGGCAUCAGCAGAACAUUGCACCGGAUUAGUGCCAUAAGAAAUCGCAAGGGUGAAAUUAUUGGAUUGACUUGUCGUGUUGGUCGAGCGAUUCCUGGAAGUGCUAGUUUGCUGGGAGAUUUGGUUCAGGCUGGUGCCUCCAUACUUCUAAUUGGGCCCCCUGGAGUGGGGAAAACUACAAUUAUCAGGGAAAUAGCUCGAAUGCUUGCAAAUGAUUAUAAGAAAAGAGUUAUGAUCGUCGACACUUCAAAUGAGAUAGGUGGGGAUGGUGAUAUACCUCAUUCGGGGAUUGGAAAUGCUCGGCGAAUGCAGGUCGGGAAUUCUGAAAUGCAACAUAAGGUGCUAAUAGAAGCUGUCGAGAAUCAUAUGCCCCAAGUGAUUGUCAUAGAUGAGAUUGGGACCAAACUAGAAGCAAUGGCUGCAAGUACAAUUGCACAACGAGGCAUUCAGCUCGUUGGAACUGCUCAUGGAGUUACAAUAGAGAAUUUGAUAAUGAACCCUUCUCUUGACAUGCUUAUAGGUGGUAUACAGAGUGUAACACUAGGAGAUGAAGAAGCAAGCCGGCGAGGUGUACAAAAGACGGUGCUAGAGAGGAAAGGACCAUCAACCUUCGCUUGUGGGGUUGAGAUCAUUUCUAAAACUGAGCUGCGAGUUCAUCGCUAUCUGGAAUCAACAGUAGAUGCAAUCCUAGCAGGCCGAUCCCCUGUCGUUGAAGUACGCAAGAUGAGGUUGGAGGAUUCAGAGGGAACUACAGAAAUGGAACCUUAUACAGAGGCGUCUGUUGAAAAUAAGCCUGAUAUCUUUCAUGAAGGUCUCGGGUUGAUGGAUGAAUAUCUCAGUGGGCGUGCAUUCACAAUUGAGUCUCCACUAAGCAUUUCAGCCCACUCUUCAGAAGGCGAUGCACCCUUUCACCUAUAUGUCUACGGGAUCUUGGAGGCAAGCGUAAUACAAGUGAUUAAUCAGCUGGAGGCUGCAGUUCAGCUAACUGAUAACAUCAGCGAGGCUAACGCACUUCUUGCCUUGCAAUCGAAAAUCAAGAAGAAUCCCAGAAUUCAAGCAGCAGCUAAAUCACACAACAUACCUAUAUAUGUGACAAAGACUAGCUCAACAGUCCAGAUAACAAAAGCCAUCAAGGCAUUGAUCAAUGAUCGCGAAGGCGGAUUCAAGGAUUUUGGAUUCGACAAUGACGCGAAAUCUUCAGAGAAGAUGGAUGCUUUAGAGGAGGCAAGGAUGGCAAUCGAACAAGUGGUGAUCCCGAAAGGGCAGCCUGUGGAGCUACUACCUAGACCAUCCCACAUUAUCAAUCUCCAGAUGGAGUUCAUCCAGAAGAAUUACCAAUUACAGUCCGAGAAAAUCGGCAGAGGGCCAGAGGAGCGCCUACGAGUCAUACCAUAUCAGGUUCGUAAUGGGAAGCCCAGUCGCGUCUCAAACGAGACCGAGCAUCACGAUGAUGAGUUAUCGAGCAAUGGAUCUCUCUAUUCAGCGGAGAAGCUACCUUUGUUGCCAGAUUCUUCUUGACUGAGAACUAAUACUUGCUGAUCAGCAAGCAAAGUGUAUUUAUUAGAUAAGAAGCAACUUGAAAGGAUUUCCAAACUUCAGUUUAGGAGUUGGUCAUACUCAACAGAUAGUCAUAUUGAUUGAUACAAUCGUACUAUGAAGCCAAACAAGCAGCAUAUAACCAGGCAUGAACUGGGGUGGAAAAGCCCGGCCCACGCGAGGUUAUAGACGGAAACUGACUCAAGUUAAACGGUCCAAAAAGGCCCAUUCUAGCAGCAAAGGAGCUAGCAGGCCCAUGCAAUGUGGCUGAGCCACCAUUUGAACGGCAAACAUGCAUGCAAGGAACAAUGUCCACGACCAUUUGAUCACUGACCAUGAGUUUGGUUGCAUCGUCAAACACUAGUUAACUUGAGAUAAUUCAUAAAUCAUAAUGAUGACAUUCUUUAUUUUUUCGAUAUGACUAUUAUUCUAACACCAUCAUUGGAAUGUUAAUGCAUCAUCCAAUUAAUACAACAAUUUGAAAACUCGUAUGGAACUAUGAGAACUGUCCAAUAAACGUACACAUGCAUU